CAUUCCCAAAAUAUGAUUUCAGUGUCGACAACCUUAUUAUUGGAGGAGGCGUAAUUGGACUCGCUAUUGCCGAAAGGCUAUCUCGAAACCGUCAUCGUUCCACUCUAUUGGUAGAGAAAAAAGUUGACGUAGGAGAGGAAACGAGUGAAGUGAUUCACGCUGGAAUAUACUUUCCAGAAAAUUUUUUGAAAACUAGUCUUUGCAUACGAGGAAAGAACCUUCUCUAUGAACUUUGUCAGUCGACUCUGGUUAUCCCAUUUCGUCGAGUUGGAAAAUGGAUAGUAUCAAGGAACAAUGAUGAAUCAGAGUACUUGGAAUCACUCAAAAGGACUGCUGAUAAAUUGGGCGUGGAUACAUACUUCGUCUCACGGAGCGAAAGAGAAAGGCAAGAACCUGAUGUUAACGCGCAUGAAGCGUUAUGCUCACCCACUACAGGAAUCAUCGACUCGCACGCAUUGAUGAGAUAUCUUUCCACAAAGAUCAAAGAAAAUGGUGGUGAUAUAGCGCUCCAAGCGAAAGUCGUUCGUAUUACAAAGAAUGAGGGUGGGGGUUAUCUCGUCAGCGUAUCAUCGCCAGAUACACAGACUGUAAUUAAAUCAGAAAAGGUUAUCAAUGCAGCUGGCUUGUAUGCUGACAAGAUUGCAAACAUGAUCUUACCCGGAAAUGUAUAUAAACUAUAUUAUGCUAAAGGGCAUUAUUAUUCCUAUAGUGGACUAAGUGAUGUCAAAGUAAAUCGUUUAAUUUACCCCGUACCAGAACGUCAUAUGGCAGGGGCAGGGACUCACUUGACGCUAGAUCUAUCUGGCGCAAUACGAUUUGGCCCGGACGUUUUGUACGUGGACACACCCGAUAAUUAUGAUAUCAUAGAUGAUAAUGGGGAGAGAACCGAACAGAUUUGGAAAGCAGUUACGUCCUAUUUGCCCAAAAUCAAAAAAGAAAAGUUGUAUCCGGGUUACACUGGCAUCAGACCAAAAUUGCAAGGACCAGAUGAACAAUUCCGCGACUUUGUUAUCAAAGAAGAGAGUGAUCACGGAUUAAGCGGAUUUGUCAAUCUCGUUGGAAUCGAGAGCCCUGGCUUAACGGCAUCAUUAGCCAUAGCAGAGAUGGUAGAAGGAAUAUUGGAUAAUCACUGA